CCCGAUUUAUAAAUAACUUGGUAUUUCUUUGUCCCCUGCGAGUUUACGCAUCGACCCGGUGCGUGGGUGAUUCAUCUCUUUGGACUCUUUGGGGUUUAGAUAGGGACCGUGUGCAGGUAUGUCAAUAUUCUCCACUAAACUUCAACCCGUCGACGAUGUUUAGAAAUUGAAAACUCGUUAGUUUUUGUGUGUGGUGCGUGUGGUGAACGUGAUUUGCGCGACACAUGUAGCGAACUAGCUAGCGACCGGGUUCUUCGCCUUCUACGCUUUCUAGAUGUAAGGGGGCAACGCCGUGCGACUUUGAUUUUGAUAUGACGUUGGAAGAUCCAUUUUUCGUUGUUAAAGAUGAAGUUUUUAAAGCUUUGAACAAAACUAGAGGAUUAUACUUGAGAUGGAUUGAACUACAAGAGGAGAGCAUAUGCAUCACAAAGGAUGAAGUUGAAUGGACCAAUACUGAGCUGAAGAAUUCCCUCAGAAGUAUAGAAUGGGACCUGGAGGAUUUAGAAGACACCAUAGACAUUGUGGAAAAGAAUCCAUCCAAGUUUAAGCUAGACAACAAGGAGUUGACUACAAGAAAAUACUUUAUUGACUCAACCAGGGAAGAGGUGAAGUCUAUGAAAGACAAAAUCAACAUGAAUAGAAACAGAGAUAGAGAUAGGACUGCUAGUCAGCCAUUGUUGGAACCAAGCCCUGUAAGAGUAUUGAACACCAGCAGUCAUGGCACCACAAAAUACUCCAAGCUUGAAAAUGAACUGGACAGCCCACAAAGGUUUCUCCAUGACACACUAGCCCAACAACAGUACAUGACAAGGAAUCAGGAAGAACAAUUAGAAGCAAUUAGUGACACCUUGGGUUCUCUCAAAACAGUUUCACGGCAUAUUUCAGUUGAGAUUGAUGAACAAGCAGGUAUGUUGGACGAAUUUGGUACGGAAAUGGAAACUACCGAGGGGAAAUUAGACGCCACCAUGAAAAAAGUCGCCAAGGUACUUCACAUGUCAAAUGAUCGAAGGCAAUGGAUGGCUAUAUUUACUUUAUCGAUUAUUCUCGUGAUUGUGAUACUUCUAUUUAUUUAUCUGUGAUUUUAUUUAUUUUCUUAAAACUAAAAUGCAUUGGAUUGAAUGGGUCUGUCCAAAGAUUGGGAUUCAAGAAUCAGAACAGUACAAACUCAAUUCGACAACUUAUUUUCUUUGACAGGGAGAAAACUAAACUAGAAAUAGGGGCAACGUUUUUAAACCAUAGCAUUUAUCUUAUAUACUAAAAAGUAAACUAAUUGGCAAACAUGUUGGAUCGAAAUUAAUGAUAUUAUUACAUUGCCCAGCACUUGUGCCACCUUAGAUGAUUGAUCUUGUUGAUUGGUACUUAUUUCUGUAUUCCGUAUUAUAGACUUAUUUAUUAUCUAGCUCUUAGAUUCGAUUCGGAUUCAAUUUAUGAGAAUAUUGUAAUGUAGUCACUAAUGAAAUCCUCCUACAUGUAGACUUAAAACAAAAUCCUACAAAUAGUGCCACAGACAACCCAUAACCAAACUAAGAUAAUAAAAAUCGCCAGUUUUCGAUCACAGUUGCAUUCAUGGCUAUAAUUAUUACCAAUAAAUGAAGUAAAUAUAUAUGACUGUAUAGUUUAUGUGAUCAGUAUUCGCUAAUAUUAAUUAUAUUGGUCGAAAUGUCUUGAUGUUUUUAUGUAUGUACUUCAAUUGUGAUCGGAAAAUGGCCGAUUUUUAUUCGAACCAUCUGAACACUGACUCAGUACUAUAGGAAUGGAGAUUAUUGUAUACAGAACAUUGAGUUUCUCUUGAGUAGAUUCAAGCUACACACUGUUUAACCAAUAUAAUGAAAUUGUACAUACUUGCAGCAAGUGCAAAGACAAAAUAAACGUUAUUGCAAUGAAA